AUGCUCGGAAAGCUGCUCCUUUCCCUUUUCGCGUUUGCUCAUUCGGCAGUGACUGUUACUAUCGAAGGGCAGCUCUCGAGCAAAUAUGCUCACAUGGAUGCCGAAGCCUACUCGGGUGUCGAAAUACAACUAGAUAAUGGAUACAAGGGCUUUGUCCAAAGUAACGGGCAAUUUGCCGUUCACAAUGUGAAGCCUGGAAGUUAUAUUCUCAAAGUCGCAUCUCCAAAGUUAACUUACCACUCGGUCAGAGUUGACAUCAACGCACAAGGGAAAAUCCGUUACCGAAGACUGAAUAUUCUCACUCUCAAGGAAGUCGAUCCAAUCAACAUUAUGGACUUACAGCCAAUUGAGCAGACUCAGUGGUUCCAAAAGCGAGAGCAAUUCAAUGUUCUUGACACUCUCAAAUCGCCUAUGGUUCUCAUAAUGAUUUUGCCCAUGGUUGUUCUUUUCCUGUUGCCAAAACUCAUGGACAUGCAGGAUCCCGAACUGAAGAAAGAAAUGGAGGAGCAAAUGAAGACGAUGAAUAAAGGCGGAAACGUGCCAGACAUGUCCGAGCUAAUGUCAAGCUUUUUCGGUGGAGAACAACCCAAACGCGCUCCGAAAAAGGGUGUCAAACAGAAUUGA